AUUCAAAGAGCCUUCUCUAGCCAAGACAAAUUCGCAAUUUCCUCCGACCUCCCCCCUCGCGCUCGCACACAGGCUAACAAAAACUUGAUGCGCAAAAAAAAAACAAAGUGUGUGCCUGUGCCGCCUAGUGUAAAUCGCAUUGUAAGUGAGUGUGUGAGUGUUUGUUGUGUGUGUGUGGCAAUGAUGUAGUCCAAUGCUGCUCAGAUGCCUUCGAUGUUGAUGAUGAUGAUAAUAAUCAUGAUUAUUAUGAAGAUGUAGCCUAGCCUGGUUGCGCCAGUUAAGAGACAGAGAGAGAGAAAGAGGAAAAAAGUUCUCCGAAAGUACAGCAAUGUGGAAAAUUGUAAAUACCUCGAGCAAAAACUCCAAACGCAGAAAAACUAAACGCGCAAAAAAAAGAAUUUUCCUACUCUUGUCACCGUCACCGUAAAACCAUAAAGAAGAAGAAAGGAAAGACAAAAAAAUAAGACGGAAUAUAUAUACACACACACACACACGCGCGAAAGAAAAAACCGUCAUAAAAAGGCAGUCAUAAAGGGGAAAAACCCACCACUUAAACGUAGUGGACUUACAACAACAACAACAACAAAAUUGCAGCAGUGGCAGCCGUCGUCGUUGUUGUUGCAUGGAAAGUGCCGCCAAUGUUGUAGCCAAAAAACAAAAAACACAAAAAACAAAAGAAAACCAGCAAACUCGAAGACAAACGGCAAACGGUACGCAAAUGCAAAAAUUAAAAAGACAUUCAGCAAGUGCGUAUAUAUAUUAUGGGCCGUUCGAAGUUUCCGGGGAAACCAUCCAAGUCGAUUAAUCGUAAGCGAAUAAGUGUCUUGCAAUUGGAGGAUGAAGCUGGAGCUAAUGCAGCAGCUGCUGCGGCAGCAUCAUCAUCAUCUGCUGGAGAACAGCAGCAGCAACAACAACAACAGAGUAGUGAGCAAAGUGCCGCCAAUUCAGGAUUGCGGGAGAAGGGCAACAAUUGUGAUAACGAUGAGGAUGAUAAUGCGCCCACAGGUGGUGCCUCCACAAGCAGUACUGGCGGUGGUGGUGGUGGUGGUGCCGCCAGUGGGGGAGAUGCAGCAGGAGGUAGUGGAGGAGGAGGAGGCAGUUCUACAAAUGGCAACGGUGUAAACGGUAGCAAAAACAACGACAAUGGCCAUCAAAAGAGUGCUACGCAAAACUCUGCUCAACUAACUGAUGAUGAUGGAGGAGAUGGAGAAAACAAGGAUAAUACUGCUGAUACUGCUGCAGGCGGCGAUGAUGACGAUGACAGUGGUAGUGAGACAAAAAGACCAACAUCCUCCAGCAUCAACGGUGUGAUACCCGUCAUUGCAGCAGCACUGCAGCGGGCACGCAAGGGAGGCAAUAAAAAGUUUAAAAACUUGAAUCUGGCCAGAGCGGAGGUGAUGUUGCCCUCGACAUCGAGACUGAAGCAGCAGCAGCAGCAACAACAACAAUUGCUACUUAAUUGCCCCUUGCCCACAUCUCCGGCACCAGCAGCAGCACCAGCACCAGCGUCACCGAUCGGCAACAUUGCGAACCCCUUUGCUGCGAUUGACGCAAGAGUGAAUGAGAGUGGCGAAGAUGUUGCAAUGAACAAGUUGAGUGAAAUGCCCAAUGAAGGGGUCGCAGAGAUUGCUGCAACAACUGCAGCUACCGGCUCUACAUUGCCGCCGACGACUAGCUCCAACUCCAGCCAAGCGGCAACCAUUGCUGCAACGGGAGGGGCAGGAGGGGCUUCAGUGGUCCCCAGCAGUGGUAUGACGACGGGAACAAAACAGAAGAAAACAGUCACGUUUAGAAACGUGCUCGAGACCAGCGAAGAUAAGUCGGUGGUGAAACGUUUCUACAAUCCAGAUAAUCGUAUGCCAAUUGUUUCGAUUAUGAAAAAGGAUUCACUGAAUCGACCGCUGACCUACUCUAGGAAUAGCGAGUGUAUUGUGCGUCCCUCGAUUUUAUCAAAGAUACUCAACAAGAACUCCAAUAUAGACAAAUUGAACUCGCUUAAAUUUAGAUCAGCACAUGUUGCCACAAGUCUCAGCGAGUCUCAGCUUGGUUCAGGAUCAAGUACAAAUGUUUUUGGUUCCGGCCUCUCACGAGCCUUUGGUGCCCCCUUAGAAGAUGACGAUAUCGAAAUGGGUGGUGUGACUUUUCAUAGAAACAAGACACAGGAAUCCCAUAAGAAUAAAGAUGAUGAUGACGAUAUCGAAGAUGAUGAGGAUGCAGAAGAGGAUGCCCAGGAGAAUGAAGAUGACAAUGAUGAUGGAAGUGCUUCUGAAAAGAGUGCUGAAACUACCAUCGAAAAGGAUAAUGUGGCUGGCGAUGAGAAGCAACUGGUGAUGGAUAAACAUUUUGUUCUACCCAAGCGAACACGUUCAUCACGAAUAAUUAAGCCCAAUAAGCGAUUACUUGAUGAUGGCGGUAUUGUUAGUAAAAAGCAUCCGAACGAGGCUAAUUCUAAAACCAAAACUAAGAAUUAUUUUAGCUUGAAAGACAAGCCAUCCAUUUCGGCUGCUGCUUCUGCUUCUUCUUCUUCAUCUUCGUCUAUAUCAACGUCAACAUUAGUUGCUUUUUCCAGUUUUGGUAGUUUGAAACUAAAUAGCAGUUUUGUGAUGCGCAAAUCGCGACUACAAUUCCAGCACAUGGAUCAAACUGGACCAUUUGGCGGAAUUUCAGUGCCCGCGGUAUCCUUUGGUUCGAGUCCUUCAUCUGCUACUGCUACUUCUACUACUACUAAUAAUAAUAAUAAUCUAGCAUCAGUAUCGUGCGCUGUAUGUGCCACAUCGCUCAAUAGUAACGAGGUGCCACAAUCGCGCAAAUAUGGCGUUUUGGUCUGUGAUGUCUGUCGCAAGUUUAUCUCAAAGAUGACCAAGAAGGCGGUAUCCAUCUCCAGUAGUUCGGCAGCUCAACCUGUUAGUCAGCAACAGCUGCAGUGUAGGCAAACAGAGGGUGGUGCAAGCUGCUGUAGCAUAAACUCGGUGAAGAGUCAGCUGAAGAAUUUUAAGAAAUUAUACAAGGAUCGAUGUACGGCAUGUUGGCUUAAGAAAUGUCUGGGUGCUCUUCAGUUGCCAACAGCUCAAAAGAAUCGCCUGACUGUCAUUUUGCCGCCCAAAAUGAGAAAUGAAGCAGCUGCUAAAGACGAUACCACUGUUGCACUUCUCUCAGCCGCUUCAUCGUCUAGCCCGUCUUCCGCUGCAUCUACAUCUAUCAAAUGGAAGUCAAGUACGGAAACAUCGUUGAAUAUCAAAUCAAAUCCUUUGGCAGAAAACAAUGUGACAUUUGGUAGCUCACCACUCCUGCGACCAGCCAUACUCGAAAAACCGCUAUUCCUAAAGGAUCCAAAAGUGUCCACAACGACGGAGGCCGUUAGUCCAAAUGCAACAAUCUCCAGCACCGGUGAAACAACAACAGCAAAGAGCAGCACUCGUCACAGAUCCAAACUGGACAAACCAACAAAAGAUAUGGAGAGUGAAAAGCCCGCGCUUAGUCCCACACUUAAAAAGGUUUCAACGGAAAUCGUAACUGCUGCAGACUUGCCAAAAGACGAACAAGUGACGGCUGUGGCAAGUGGGACAUCCCUUCCGGGAACUGGUCAAGUUGAAACGAAUGAACAAGCAACCUCUGGGGAUAAUCUCAAGCGUCAACGCAUAGACUUGAAGGGACCGCGUGUUAAGCAUGUAUGUCGCAGUGCAUCAAUUGUUUUGGGUCAACCACUGGCCACAUUUGGUGAAGGCGACGAAGAACAACAACAACAGCAGCAGCAGGAACAAGAACAACAGGCUGGUGUAACUUCUGGUUUGGAAGCUCCCAAACCUGCUAUUGCUUCUGCUCCACAAAUGAUCACCGAUGAGAACGACAAUUGUGCGAGUUGCAAGAAUACUACGACACCCCCAGAAACAGUUACCGAGUCAAAGACGAAUCACAAAAGUUUAGUAAAUACUCAACCAGAACCAGGCAAAAAGACCACAGCCAAGGUGACUACUCGAAAUGCAGCGGCAGCUGCAGCAACCUCUGUGACCUCUGUCUCCACACUUGGUUUGAUGGGAAAUAAAAAACUUAAUAGCAACAACACGGUAAGCCAAUCGACAGCAAAUCCACCCAGUCGACGAUCAAAAGAAGUAACACGACAGAGGACAUUGAUUUCCAUUGACUUUUGGGAAAAUUACGAUCCGGCUGAGGUAUGUCAGACUGGAUUUGGCCUCAUUGUCACAGAGACAGUGGCCCAACGUGCCCUUUGCUUUCUGUGCGGUUCUACUGGUCUCGAUCCUUUGAUAUUUUGCGCCUGUUGCUGUGAGCCCUAUCAUCAGUAUUGUGUGCAGGAUGAAUACAAUCUGAAACACAGUUCGUUUGAAGACACCACUUUGAUGAAUAGUCUACUGGAUACCUCGGUAAAUCCAUCAACGUGCGCACCGUCAAUGAAUCAGCUAACACAGCGUCUCAACUGGUUGUGUCCACGCUGCACAGUUUGUUACACCUGCAACAUGUCCUCCGGCUCAAAGGUGAAGUGCCAAAAAUGUCAAAAGAACUAUCAUGCUACCUGUCUAGGCACUAGUAAGCGACUGCUGGGAGCGGAUCGACCAUUGAUAUGUGUAAACUGCCUGAAAUGCAAAUCCUGCUCGACCACUAAAGUAUCGAAGUUUGUUGGCAAUCUGCCCAUGUGCACGGCGUGCUUUAAGCUACGCAAAAAGGGCAACUACUGUCCUAUUUGUCAGAAGUGCUACGACGACAAUGACUUUGAUCUAAAAAUGAUGGAAUGUGGCGAUUGUAAUCAAUGGGUGCACUCCAAAUGCGAAGGUCUUAGCGAUGAGCAAUAUAACCUGCUAAGUACACUCCCCGAGUCGAUUGAGUUCAUUUGUAAGAAGUGCGCUCGUCGCAACGAAAGCUCUCACAUCAAGGCAGAUGAAUGGCGACAAGCGGUCAUGGAGGAGUUUAAAUCCAGUCUCUAUAGUGUGCUUAAACUGCUUAGCAAGUCGCGACAAGCGUGUGCUCUGCUGAAGCUAAGUCCACGUAAGAAACUUCGUUGCAUUUGUGGAGCAGCAGCGAAUGGCAACAACAGCAGCCAGGGCAAGCUUCAACCCAAGGCCCUGCAAUUCUCUGGUAGCGAUGGCGAAUCGCAGAAUAGCGACGAUGUAUACGAGUUCAAGGACCAACAAAUCUCCAAGUCCCUGAACCAUCAUAACCAGUCCAGCCUAUCAAAGUCUUGUUCUUGCCUGCAGCCAAGUAUUACCCAAUCGCAGUCGUUUAGUUUGGUUGACAUUAAACAGAAAAUAGCUGGCAAUACGUAUGUGUCAUUGGCGGAGUUCAAUUAUGACAUGAGCCAGGUGAUACAGCAGAGCCAGUGCGAUGAAUUGGACAUAGCCUACAAGGAACUGCUAAGCGAACAGUUUCCGUGGUUCCAAAAUGAGACGAAAGCCUGCACUGAUGCCCUCGAGGAGGAUAUGUUCGAAUCAUGCGGUGGUGGCGGCAAUUAUGAUGAUCUGCAGGAAGAAUCUCCAACCGUCUAUGUAGAGCAUACUAUUACACAGGGUGCUGCUCGCAGUGAUGUACUGGAUUUACCGCUGGAUGUCGAUGUGGACGAUCUGGGAAGUUGUGGCAUUAAAAUGCGAUUGGAUUCAAGAGUUUGUCUCUUCUGUCGCAAGAGUGGCGAGGGCUUGUCAGGAGAAGAGGCACGUCUGCUGUAUUGCGGUCACGACUGUUGGGUGCAUACAAAUUGUGCCAUGUGGUCGGCUGAGGUAUUCGAGGAGAUCGAUGGUUCCUUGCAGAAUGUGCAUAGUGCAGUGGCCCGGGGCAGAAUGAUCAAGUGCGUGGUGUGUGGCAAUCGUGGAGCAACGGUUGGUUGCAAUGUUCGAUCCUGUGGAGAGCAUUAUCAUUAUCCCUGCGCUAGAAGCAUUGAUUGCGCUUUCCUCACCGACAAGACCAUGUACUGUCCAGCCCAUGCCAAGAAUGGCAAUGCACUGAAGGCAAAUGGUUCACCAAGUGUAACAUACGAGUCCAAUUUCGAGGUAUCACGGCCCGUCUACGUGGAACUGGACCGCAAACGUAAGAAGCUCAUUGAACCCGCCAAAGUCCAGUUUCACAUCGGUUCCCUGGAGGUGCGGCAACUUGGCUCUAUUGUGCCACGGUUCUCCGACUCUUUUGAGGCUCUUAUUCCUAUCAAUUUCCUGUGCAGUCGUCUCUACUGGUCGUCCAAAGAGCCCUGGAAAAUAGUGGAAUACACGGUGCGAACUACCAUACAGAAUAGUUAUUCGUCUACUGUAAUUGGUUUAGAUGUGGGACGAAAUUUCACUGUGGAUCAUAGCCAUAGCAACAGCAACAUGGUGUUGGCCAAGAUCGCUCGCUGGCACAAUAGCCUAUCGCGAAAUGAUAUCCUGACUGAUACAGACUGGGCGGAGUUCCCCAAUGUGCCGACGGAUGAAAACACUGAGGAGGAACCGCAACAGAAUGCGGAUCUUUUGCCGCCAGAGAUUAAGGACGCCAUAUUUGAGGACCUACCGCAUGAUCUACUCGAUGGUAUUUCAAUGCUGGAUAUCUUUAUGUACGAGGAUCUCGGCGAUAAGGGGGAACUCUUCGCCAUGAGCGAACAAUCUAAAGAUGGAACAAUAGUUCCCAGUCAAACAAGCCAGACGAACAAUCAGACAGUUCCAGUAAGCAUUUGUGACGAUGACACUCGUAACUCUAGCAGCCUAGGUGGCAAUUAUUGGCCAGCCAGUAAUCCGGUCGAGGACGCCAUGCUGUCAGCGGUUCGCAGUUCCAAUCAAGUCCAGGUUCUUAAGACACGAGCUUGGCCCAAACUGGAUGGUAACAGUGUUGCUGCCAUCAAACGCCGCAAAUUGUCAAAGAAUCUAGCAGAAGGAAUGCUUCUCAGCUUAAGUAAUCAGCAGCGUAGUAAAAAGGAAAUGGCCACUGUGGCUGGAGUCUCCAGGCGCCAGUCUACGAGUGAAACGUGCACAACAGAGACCGUCUCCACCGCCACCGGCUCGUCAGCUAUACGCAGUAGCAAUAAAAACUUCACCUGGAGUGCAGCUAAGCGUUACUUUGAGAAGAAUGAACCACGGGAGGAGACUGCAAAACUGCGCAUCAUGCAAAUGGACGGUGUAGAUGAUUCCAUAACCGAAUUCCGAAUUGUUGGCGGCGAUGGUAAUCUCUCGACAGCCCAGUUCACUGGGCAGGUAAAGUGUGAGCGUUGCCAGUGCACUUACCGCAACUAUGAAUCCUUCCAACGUCACCUGCCCACCUGUGAGCCCAUGUCGACGAGUGAAUCGGAAUCGGAGGCCACAAAUGCUCCGUCCGUGACCCACUUGAGUGCCGAGAGCUUUAAUGAGGCACUACAAAAACAGGCUCUGGCGGCAGCAACAUUGGGAAAUGCCGGCGGAAUAAAUUAUCUGCAGACAACUUCCUAUCCACAGGUUCAGAAUCUCGGAACUUUGGGCCAAUUCGGUUUGCAGGGAUUGCAGCCACUGCAACUGCAGCCGCAGUCACUGGGCAAUGGCUUCUUCCUUUCGCAGGCGAAUCAUAAUCCAGCAGCCACAACCGGCAACGAUGACCUCCAAUUGUAUGCAAAUUCUCUGCAGAGUUUGGCUGCUAAUCUAGGGGGAGGCUUUGCAUUGACCCAGCCCACAGUAGCAGCAUCGGCGCAACCGCAACUUAUAGCGGUGUCCACAAAUCCAGAUGGCACGCAACAAUUUAUCCAAUUGCCGCAUACAUCGGCAGCACCACAAGCGGCCACCUAUCAAACAUUGCAGGCCACCAACACGGACAAGAAAAUCAUGCUGCCGUUGACGACAGCGGCGAAACCAUUGAAAACGGUGGCCACCAAAGCGGGACAACAGGCAACGGCAGCCAAACAGAAACAAUUGAAGUCGGCGCAUCAAGUGAAACCGAUUCAAGCUAAACUACAGCCCCAUCCACAGCAGCAGCCACAUCCGCAACAGCAGCAGCCAAUUACGGCGACUGCUACUACCACUCAAUUGCUGGGGCAGAGUUUGCUGCAACCGCAGCUACUCUUCCAGAGUAAUGCACAGGCGCAGGCGCCGCAGUUGAUCCUCCCCCAGACGCAACCGCAGAAUAUCAUUUCAUUUGUGACUGGCGACGGGAGUCAGGCCCAGCCAUUGCAAUACAUAUCGAUACCCACCACCAAUGACUUUAAGCAUCAGCAGGCGACAGCCACGCCCACAUUUUUAACAACUGCCGCACCGGGAGCAGGAGCCACAUUCCUACAAACGGAUGCCAGUGGGAAUAUUAUGCUGACGACGGCUCCAACCAAUUCGGGUCUACAAAUGCUUGCAGCUCCAAUGCAAGCACAGCCUCAGGUGAUUGGAACACUUAUCCAACCGCAAACCUUGCAACUGGCCACCACAGCAGGGGGUGCAACGGGCGGGGAUGGGUCACAAGGCCAUGCCUCGGGUCAGCAGCCACUCAUUUUGGGUGGAACGGCGGCAGGAGGAGCAACUGGCUUGGAAUUCGCCACAACAACGCCUCAAGUCAUUUUGGCCACCCAACCCAUGUACUAUGGCCUGGAAACGAUUGUCCAGAAUACGGUGAUGUCAUCGCAACAAUUUGUCUCCACUGCCAUGCCUGGGGUAUUGAGUCAGAAUGCCAGUUUCUCGGCCACCACAACCCAAGUGUUUCAGGCCAGUAAAAUUGAACCAAUUGUCGAUCUUCCCGCUGGCUAUGUGGUGCUCAACAAUCCGGGUGCUGAUGGUAGUGCAGGCACAUUUUUAAAUGCUGCUAGUGUGCUGCAGCAACAGCAGCAGCAACAACAACAACAGCAACAUACACAGGAAGAGGCCACAACGACAACACAAUUGCUGCAGAAUGCCAAUUUCCAGUUCCAAACGGUGCCAACAUCUGCCACAGUAACAACAUCCAUGGCAGACUAUGCCACUAGCUCACCUCUGGUGGUCACAGCCAAAAUACCACCAGUGACCCAAAUGAAAAGGAAGACAGCUGCUGCUGCUUCUGGAGUUGCCGCUGCGGGAUCCACGUCCAUGCCGGGGCUCAACAAGAUGAUGCACCAACAGGUCGUUAACAAGGUGCUGCCCACUAGCAUAGCCACCUCACAUCAUGCCCAGGUUAAGCAAAACAAUGCCAAUCUUAGACAAACAAUGGGAGCUGGCACCGCCACACUAAAGUCCAAACACACACCCGGCUCCAACUGUGGAGCACCGCCGAGCAUUGCAUCAAAGCCGCUACAAAAGAAGACCAAUCUGAUACGUCCCAUACAUAAGGUGGAAGUGAAGCCAAAGGUGAUGAAGCCGAUACCCAAAUUGAGUAACCCAGUGGGUAAUGGGGCAACAACAUUAACGUCCCAACCACAACAACAUCCGCAUCCCCACACCCUUCCAAUUGUAAGCCAUGUGGUCCAGCAGCGUUUACCACAAGCAAUUCCACAGCAGCAGCCAUCGCAGCAACAGACCCAACUGCAGCAGCAGCAACAGUUGCCAGUUAUCUCCAUUCCAGAACCGCAGCAAAUACAACAGAUUCAACAACAACAACAACAGCAGUCGUUUGUAUUGGAAACCCAAGAGCCUGCAACUGAUAUGAUCAAUCGCGUCCAGCACUUUGUUAGCAGUUCGCUGCCCACAAAUGUGGUGAAUCCUCUGCAGCAGCAACCGGCUGCAAUUACUACGAGCAGUCGGCCCACCAACCGUGUGUUGCCCAUGCAACAGCGUCAAGAGCCACCACCAGUUCCGAUAAUCAAUGAUGCUGUGGUGCCAUCUUCACCCACACCGCCCAAGCCCAUAGAGCAACCCAUAAUUGUCUCUUCCGUGUCCAGUGCCGCAUCCAAGUGCUAUGCCCCGAAAGCGUCUCCGAGUACAGUCUACGAAACAGAACUAAAGAUGACAGAAACGGAGAUUACACAAAGCCACAUAGUAGUUCCACCAAGUACAAUUACGGCAAUAAACACAAUGUUGGACCAUCCUCAAGAGCAAAUCAUGACGGAGACAUUCUAUGAGAAACAGGCGCCAGUGCAACAGCUUCCAGAGGACAAAUGUAACGAACUCUUGCUUCAAGCCCAACAACAAUCUCAGCCGCAUCUAGAGAUUGUUGACAAUGGGUAUUUGAUGGAGAAGCAUGGUUUUCAAAUGGAAACCGAGCCAUUGCCUAUGGAAUCCAAUGACCACUUUGCCUCUCUAAAAGAGGAUGAUGACAUCGAAAGAGUUGUUGAUGAAGACGACGAUGAUGACGGUUUUAGUCUUAAAAUGGCCACUUCCGCUUGCCAAGAUCACGAAAUGUCCGACUGUGAGGAGCCCGCUGUAAAGGAAAAGAUUAGUAAAAUACUGGACAAUCUCACGAACGAUGACUGUGCCGAUUCCAUAGCGACUGCAACAACAGCUGAAGUGGAAUCCUCGGCUGGCUAUCAACAAAUGGUUGAAGAUGUUUUGGCCACCACAGCAGCAGCAGCUGCUGCCUCAUCAUCAUCCUCAUCGUCAACGGAGGCGGCGGCAAUACCCAACGAUGCCUUUGAGGCUACAGCCGAGGAGACGGCCGCUGUGGAAGCUGCUGCCAGUUAUAUUAACGAAAUGGCAGAAGCCCAUGUCCUGGAAUUGAAACAGCUCCAGAAUGGCGUUGAGCUUGAGUUGAAGAAGAAGGAACCGCCAUUACCCAGUAAGCAGUCAGAACAAACCCAACUGGAAGAGCAACCAACAGCAGCGGCACCAGAACCACCACCGCCAAUCCGUGAACCGAAAAAAAUCAGUGGACCACACCUGUUGUACGAGAUUCAAAGUGAAGAUGGAUUUACCUACAAAUCCAGUUCAAUAGCUGAAAUUUGGGAAAAGGUGUUUGAGGCGGUACAGGUGGCUCGUCGGGCGCAUGGGCUCACACAACUGCCAGAGGGUCCAUUGGCCGAUAUGGGAGGCAUUCAAAUGAUUGGCCUAAAGACAAAUGCCCUGAAAUAUCUAAUCGAGCAGCUGCCUGGCGUGGAGAAGUGUUCCAAGUAUACGCCCAAGUAUCACAAACGCAACGGUAAUGUCUCAACGGCAGCCAGUUCGGGUCAUUUGGGUUGCACUGGAGCGGGUUCAACGUCUUCAGGCAUCGAUAAUCAGCCAUUGCUCGACUACGGCUCCGAUCAGGAUGACUUGCAGGAGAAUGCCUACGAUUGUGCCCGAUGUGAACCGUAUGCGACACGCUCGGAAUACGAUAUGUUUAGCUGGUUGGCCUCUAGGCAUCGAAAGCAACCGAUUCAGGUGUUUGUACAACCCUCGGACAAUGAGCUAGUGCCCAGACGCGGCACUGGUAGCAAUUUACCCAUGGCCAUGAAGUAUCGUACUCUGAAGGAGACCUACAAGGAUUAUGUGGGUGUUUUCCGCUCACAUAUCCAUGGACGUGGACUCUAUUGCACCAAAGACAUUGAAGCGGGUGAAAUGGUCAUUGAAUAUGCUGGCGAAUUGAUACGCUCCACAUUGACGGACAAACGAGAGCGUUACUAUGAUAGUCGAGGCAUUGGCUGCUAUAUGUUCAAAAUAGAUGAUAAUCUGGUAGUCGAUGCCACAAUGCGUGGCAAUGCGGCACGUUUUAUCAAUCACUCCUGUGAGCCGAAUUGCUAUUCAAAAGUUGUCGACAUACUUGGCCACAAGCACAUUAUAAUCUUUGCGCUGCGACGCAUUGUACAGGGCGAGGAACUGACAUAUGAUUACAAGUUUCCAUUUGAAGAAGAGAAAAUACCCUGCUCAUGCGGAUCGAAGCGCUGUCGCAAGUACUUAAACUAGACAAGCAUCAAAAGUGGGAUGGUUGUGUGGGUGCUGGGCGCCCAAUCCGCUACCACAACCACUACUCUCCACUAUACUCAAUAAUAAAUAUGUACAUCCAGAGAGAAACAUUUGUAGUUAACGGUUAUUUCGAUCUAUAUUUGGUCAAUCGUGAUACUUUUUCAUUUUAUAUACUUAUAAACAAAAUACCAAUUAAGUAGGAGGUGUAAGAGUUGAAAAGUUGAUAUUAUAUCCCAUAUAUAUAUGUUUAUAUAUAUAGAUUUAAAGUCCGACACAUAUGAAGCAACGAAUGCAUACGAUAUAGAGAAGACGAGAGAGAUAGAGAGAGAUUACAAGAAGGAUAAUCAGAAUUCAAACUCUAACAAACAAUAAUAUCCUAAAUAUAUAUAUAUAUAUAAACUCGAUGAAGUCAGUAUUCAGAGGGAGAGCAAUUUAUUGUUAAAAUUAUAAAACAUUUAAAUUGCUAUUUAUGUAUUAACUACCAACUAUUGCAUGUAUACGUAUAAGUAUCUCUCGUAUAUAUACAUUUAUGUAACAGAUGUAUAUAAAUGCAUGCGCGCGCAUACAUACAUACAUAGUUUAAACUACUAAGCUAGAGCAACGGAACUCGUGAUCAUUAACGACUUGCUCUAUGUAUGAUGUCUUAAAUGAUUUCAAUUUGUUUUUCGGUAGUUAAACGUUGUCAAGUCAAACGAUUAAUUACAGGGGCUUGUGUUAGUUUGUAAAUAAAAUUGCAUAUAAAUACACACUAAUAUAUAAAUAUAUAUAUAUAUGUAUAAUUGAAAAACCGUUAAGGAAAGUUGAGCUGCAUAACAAAAAAUGUCAAACUAUAAAAUAAAAUCUAACUAUUUUAUGUA